CUGCCUGUUUCAAGCUGCCUUUGCGGCCCUAUUACACUGGAGCCAUAUAACACACCUCUUUGAAAAUGACCGUCAUUUUUCUCACCUGUCUACCUUGGAAAGGGAGAUGGCUUUUCGCACUGAAAUGGGACUAUAUUAUUCUUACUUCAAGACCAUUGUGGAGGCACCCUCCUUUCUGCACGGAGUGUGGAUGAUUAUGAAUGACAACCUGACAGAAUACCCCCUAGUCAUUAACACACUGAAAAGGUUCAAUCUGUACCCUGAGGUAAUCUUGGCCAGCUGGUACAGGAUUUAUACCAAAACAAUGGAUGUAAUUGGUGUUCAAACCAAGGUCUGUUGGACAGUUACGAGAGGGGAAGGACUCAGUCCCAUAGAAAGCUGUGAAGGAUUGGGAGAUCCUGCUUGCUUUUAUGUUGCUGUAAUUUUUAUUUUAAAUGGACUGAUGAUGGCAUUAUUCUUCAUAUAUGGGACCUAUUUAAGUGGCAGCCGAUUGGGAGGCGUCGUGACAGUGUCGUGCUUCUUUUUCAAUCACGGAGAGUGCACCCGUGUGAUGUGGACGCCACCUCUCCGAGAAAGCUUCUCAUACCCAUUCCUUGUGCUUCAGAUGUUGCUUGUGACUCAUAUUCUCAGGGCUACAAAACUUUACAGAGGAAGCCUAAUUGCACUCUGCAUUUCCAAUGUAUUCUUCAUGCUUCCAUGGCAGUUUGCUCAGUUUGUACUGCUUACCCAGGUUGCCUCCUUAUUUGCAGUGUAUGUUGUGGGGUACAUCGAUGUCUGUAAAUUGCGAAAGAUCAUUUACAUACACAUGGUAAUGAUUUCUCUUGCACUGUGUUUUGUUCUGAUGUUUGGGAACUCAAUGCUAUUGACAUCUUAUUAUGCUUCCUCUUUGGUAACUAUUUGGGGUGUGCUGGCAAUGAAACCACAUUUUCUGAAAAUAAAUGUAUCUGAACUUAGUUUAUGGGUUCUCCAGGGGUGCUUUUGGUUAUUUGGAACUAUUGUACUCAAGUCUUUGACCUCCAGACUCUUCGGCAUUGCCGAUGAUGCUCAUAUCGGCAACUUACUAACAUCAAAAUUCUUCAGUUACAAAGAUUUUGAUACUUUACUGUAUACCUGUGCAGCGGAGUUUGACUUUAUGGAAAAGGAGACCCCCCUGAGGUAUACAAAGACACUGUUGCUUCCUGUUGUUCUUGUAGUAUUUAUUGCAAUUGUCAGAAAGAUUAUUAGUGACAUGUGGAAUGUCUUAGUUAAGCAGCAGACACGGAUAAGAAAACGCCAGUUUGAUCAUGGAGAGCUGGUUUAUCAUGUCUUGCAACUGCUGGCAUAUACAGCCCUUGGCAUUUUGAUUAUGAGACUGAAACUCUUCCUGACGCCACACAUGUGUGUUAUGGCCUCCUUGAUCUGCUCUCGACAGCUGUUUGGAUGGCUCUUUUGCAAAGUGCAUCCUGGGGCUGUUGUGUUUGCCGUAUUAGCAGCAAUGUCAAUUCAAGGGUCAGCGAAUCUACAAACACAGUGGAAUAUUGUGGGGGAGUUCAGUAAUUUGCCUCAAGAAGAACUGAUAGAGUGGAUCAAAUAUAACACCAAACCAGACGCAGUGUUCGCGGGAGCUAUGCCCACCAUGGCCAGUGUGAAGCUGUCUGCGCUGCGGCCCGUAGUGAACCACCCACACUAUGAAGAUGCAGGCUUGAGAGCUAGAACAAAAAUAGUGUACUCGAUGUACAGUCGAAAAGCAGCUGAAGAAGUGAAGCAAGCAUUGAUCAAACUAAAGGUGAAUUAUUACAUUCUAGAAGAGUCAUGGUGUGUAAGGAGAUCCAAGCCUGGCUGCAGUAUGCCUGAGAUUUGGGAUGUGGAAGAUCCCGCCAACGCUGGGAAGACGCCCCUGUGUAACCUCUUGGUGAAGGAGUCCAAGCCUCAUUUUACCACUGUAUUCCAAAACAGUAUUUACAAAGUCCUAGAAGUUAUAAGAGUGACGACUGCGUGAACUGUUGCUGAACAGCUGAUUGCAUCAACCAUGGUCCUAAUGUUUUGCUAACGAGUCAUGUAUUGUUUUUAAUUCAAAUCCCAAAAUUUUUAUAGGAAGCUUUCAAAUGGAGAACAUUUAUUUGGUGAGUUUGAGUGUCAUUCUGGUUGUAAAAAUGAAAUGAAAUUACGUACUUACUGAUGGGUUACUCUUUCAGUGCACUCCUGGAAACCUGCUAUGCAAAGAAGUAUAUGCCUACACUUGACUUAAAUAUGUGUGCUGGAGUGAGCAGAGAGCUGUUUGUGUAAAACUGUGUGCUGGGUCAUUGACAGAGAUGGUGGGAAAAUGUCGUCCAUCCUGGAGGAUGCUGGGAUGAUUGAGUUUCAUGGAAUACCGGUGGCCCUUGCUUCUCCCUGCACCUCUUGGCCCUGGAUCCGGACAGUCUGUGGUUCUUGAGGGCUUGGCCACCCCACCCACUCAGCACCAAUGCUGUGGUCAGUGGGCAGGCGUGGGUAUUGCUGCGUGGAAUCACCCUUCUGUUCUUUUUGUUCUCUGUUGCUCUUGUGAAUGAAAUACUUCCUAUUAUUUUUCUAGGCUCUUGGAUCUAGCGGCUAGGACCAAAUUCCUUUAACAUCCAACCGUGUGGCAUUAUUGUCUCUCUCCCAGCCCCCAGUUUUUGUCAGAUAAAUGCUAUUUGCUCACUAAGUUGCUUAUCAAGUACUUGUUCUGGUAACGGUGUAUUUUCCUCAUUUUUAGUAUUACUCAGAUGUUUAUAUUUUAAUACCUUUAAACCAGUUUUAAAAUUUUUCAUAUUUAAUUAUAGGUUAAAGAAAAAUUAUUUUGAAGAACCCCAAAUGUGUGUAUCUAGAAGCUAAUGUAUAUUUCAGUAGAUACAAUAUGCAGUGGAUUGUAGUAUCUGAUACUUUUUCUUUCAUUAUUAAGAUACAGUAAUAAAACAUGACUAACUUUUCUGUGAAAAAAGUAAAUGAAUAAUGAUGAGUGAGUGGAGUUUUUCUGUUUUACUUUCAAGCCUUGAGUCCUAUCCUAUAAUUUUGGCUUCUAACAAUCAUCAUUUCAGUGUGAGGACUGAGAAUAUGUAGUCUUCCUUUUCAUUUUUUUUUCCUACGUUUUAUUUUGAAAAAUUUCCAAAUAUGCUUUGAAUUCCUUGUAUAAACUUUUGUUCCUUAGAAGUUAAUUUGUGUGAAAUGAGAUAUUUCAAAACACUGAGUCAUCCUCAUUUUGAGAAAUGGUUUUCAGGCUUUAAUUCUAAGCAAACCAUGACCAUGGCUGAGUACGCGUUUAAUCACACAGUGCUCUCUUUAUUAACCACAGGGAGCAUCCCCUCCCUGUGGCUUGUCCGUGGGGCUUGGCUGCUCGGGGAUGGUUUCUUCUCAGCCUGGGAGCCCAGCCACAGAAGAGCUCCUCUUUCUGUCUUCUCAGUGCCCAGGGGACAGCCUGGUUUGCGGGGUGCUAGCUUGCCUAUAGCAGGUGGCUAGAGAUAGGACGGUAGCCAAGGAAUGAGGGUCCCCUCCUGGCCCCAGAACCCUCGGAGUCUUCUUGCUGGGGGUCAGCACAGGAGACUGUGGACUUGUGCUUGCUCUCUGUCAUUUGCUGCUUGACAGUUUUAUUUCUUAGGGUUUUGUAUGUUUUAGAAAAUAGGGAUCCACCUGGGGAUUUGUAGAUUGGGGAUCACAUCUGAGCAAUGGUGUCACAACUUGGGAAAAUGCAAAGAGAGCAUUUGAGACUACAGAGAAAGAGCCAACAUGGGUGGAAACAGGGGAGGGUGAUUGGGCUGUCUAUAGCGGUCCCCACCCGAGUUCCACAGAUUUUGUACAUCCAGCAACUAGGUGUCAAUCAUACUUGUAGAGCUAUUCUCUAUUCUUCUCACCCUCUAACACUUCCUUUUUCUAACAAGUUCACAUGGAAGAGUUGGAAAUUCUGCACAGCAAAGACCAUUCAGAUACCAUUAUAAUCAUGUCAUAUGCUGGGAAACAUUAAAAAUAGCCCAAAUUAGUUUUUUCAGAAGAAUCCUUCUGUAACAGUAUUUCUUCAUGUAACCCCACCAGCAAAUGACACUUCUGUUUUUGGGAGUUGGUCGGGCAGAGGCCAUGGGCACUUUUGUGCUGCUGACUACAAACACGGAGUCACAGUGCAUUCUGGGCAAAGCAGUAUUAUAACUGGGUAUUUUGCAUAUUUUUAGCAUUUAAAAAUAUUUUUGUUUUACUGUGAAGACAGUAAAGGAGGUGAUGGAAAUAGCUGUUGCUAUGACAUUUAAGAAAAGCCAAGCUGGGGCAGUGGUUCCAUAAAAAGACAAACCUCUCCAAAUGCCAAGCGGAGAGAGUGCCCUUGAACUAACUAAGCCAGUGCCAUUGAGGGGAGAUGAGGGUGUGUCGGGGUACAGGGAGACUGCACAGGAGUAUUGUAUUUUUAUGAAUUUUAUGCCACUUGUCUACAUGGACUAUACGUUAAAUAAAAAAGAUCAUGAAAACGUG